CACGCUGCCGAAGUGGCAAAGGCCACAGGGAAAGACAAAACCCUAGCGAGGGUGCUCGACUGGGUGGUGAGGGGGUGGCCAGAGAGGGACCUGGGGGGAGAGUUCAAACCGUACAAAAUGAGGCGGGAGGAACUCGCGGCCCACAAGGGGUGCCUGCUAUGGGGGAGCCGGGUGGUGGUUCCCCCUUCCCUUCAGAAAAGGGUCCUUGCAUCACUACAUGAAACGCACCCGGGCAUGGUGAGGAUGAAGGCCCUAGCCAGGAGCUAUGUGUGGUGGCCGGGAAUGGACGGAGAAAUAGAGGACUGGGUCCGGAGAUGCAGUGCGUGCCAGGAAUCGCGGCCGGACCCACCCAGCGCCCCGGCCACAAGGUGGGAAACCACUAGGAAACCCUGGUCCAGGCUCCACAUAGACUUCGCGGGGCCGUUCCAGGGGCAGAUAUUCCUUAUAAUCGUGGAUGCAUACACAAAAUGGUUGGAGGUCCUCCCUGUAGCAUCCACCUCCUCAGCAGCCGCCAUCCGAGCCCUGCGCCGGGUCCUAUGCACCCACGGCAUCCCAGACACCCUGGUCUCGGACAACGGGGCCGCCUUCACCUCGGGAGAGUUCCAGGCUUUCCUUCAGAGGUACCUCAUAAGGCACAUCAGGUCGGCCCCCUUUCACCCCGCCACCAACGGCCAGGCCGAGCGGAUGGUCCGCACCACCAAAGAGGCCCUGGGCAGG